AUGUCUGCCAACGAGAGGCCAAAAGGCCUAUCCUUCCGUCCAAAGAACAUACGAACGCCCCAGGAUACUCGGGACCAACGAGCUGUUGACGCACAAGAGCGUGAGGAGGAGGACUACUGGUGGGAACACCACGGGAUUCCACCUGCAGACCAAGAUCGAACCCGCCACAAUCUAAACACGCGACAUAGACCCUCGCCUACCCCAACCGAACAAGCUCUCAAACGCCAAAGGGACCAGAGACGGCAUCAGCAACGGCAUCAGCGACGAAAUCAGCAGCAGAAUCAGCAGCAAGGUCAGCAACUUGAGCUACCAUCAUUUUGUCAGCAGCCGAGUCAGCAGCAGAAUCAGCAGCCAAGUCAGCAACGGGAUCAGCUUCAAAGUCAGCAACGGGACCAACAACAAGAUCAGCCGCAGAGACAACAAUUCAAGCUGCCUCCAUUUUGUCGCCAGCCACAACCAAAUGGCGCCUUAAAUCCGCCAUACUUUGAGUAUCGCUGCCCCGGGAAACGAGAACUCAACGAUCAAGUAGUCUAUCAACCCUUCUGCCAUGCUCAGCACCUAACUGUCCCGUUUUUCAAGGAUACAAUCAUAUCACUCCUUGGCAGACUAGCAAAUGAUGAGUUUGAGGAGCUGAGAUCAAUGAACAUCAUGAGAACAAUCAGCGAAUGGGGCUCUCUCGACGAAAUUGCAGACAUUGCAACAGCUCAGAUCCUACCUCAAUUUCUAGAGUUACAGGGAAAAUCGCUGACAGCCGAAAUGAUACACAAGGAGCAAUUUAAAGAUCCUACUGUCUGGACAGAGACAGAUAUAGGUGGUUAUAUUAUGAUCGGGUUGGAUGACCGAGAUAAAUAUUAUAUCCGGUAUUACGUUGGGCAAUCAUUCCAACUGUCUACCCGAGUAUGCAUCCAACAUGCAGAGUCGAUAUGGGAUAGCGAUACCAGACGACUUUGCUACUAUAUACUUGCCAAGGGAGAAGGCCACCGAUCCGCAUACUUUGUACGACUAUAG